AUGGAACGCAAAGGAAAAAAUAAAAUUAAUGAUGAGGAUAGUGAUGUAUUCUACGACGCUCCAUCUUAUGUGGAAAAUUCAGAAAUCAAUGAGCAAUCACGAAGAAAGCGUCAGCAAAACACGAAAGUAACAAAAAAUCAUGAUUCUACGCCACAAAAUGAUGAAUCAUCAAGCAUAUUUUCUUUUUCUUCUUUCAAGAAGGGAGUUAAGAAGGGCCUUAAGUUUGUAAGCAAUUUUAUUGCACCUGAGGAACAUCCAGAAGAUAAUGGUUACACAAAAAUCAUAUUCCGUGUGCAUUUCCCUAAAAUUAAUUCCGGUGAUCCUGUUAUAGUUGGUAAUAUAGAGGAACUUGGUAAUUGGCAAGAACCUAAAGUUAAACUUAAGCAAUCUAGUAAAAGUGCUCGGACAUCUUAUUGGUAUUCAGAUCCUAUUUAUAUUCCGAUCCAAAGUUUUCAGAAUGAUGAAAUUAGAUAUAAGUAUGCUGUGCGUUCACACAACGACCAAAACUUAGAAUUUGAAGGAUCUGGUCCAGAUGAUGAUCGGUCGUUAGAUAUUCAACGUCAAUUAUUCGAUAUUUGGAAAAGUAAUUCAGCUUAUAGUAUGCAUAGAAUCACUGAUUAUAUGUUCUUAGAUGUCAUUUAUGAAUCUGAAAACAUCAAGGGGAUGAUUUUAGAUUAUGAUAGCAUCCUAAAACAGCAUCAUGACUUAACUUUAUCCGUAACGAAUCUUAAAUUUAUUGACAACCAUGUAUCGGAUAAAUCUUUCAUUAGACGUCUUUUUUUAUGUUUCCUUUUAGGACAUUGUCCUAACGCUAAUACUAGUACUUAUGAAAGAUUUGAAUUACCAAGAGAUUUUCGAACUGCUCCUUUGUUUGAAGCUUUCUUCACUGUUGAUUCAAACACAUUUCCAACUAAUAGUUUGAAAGUUGUAUUAAAAGGAAUCAAUCUUUUAAUUCAUCACAAUAUUCACAACGGAUUAUUCGAAUGGCUUGAAAUCUUUACCAUUGCACAUAAUUUCGAUCCUCAAUAUGACUUCAUCGACACUAUAACUUUUGAUAAAUGCAAUGAUGAAAAAUAUAUCGAAGAAUGUUUUGAACAAAUACUUAACUUUGAUUACGAUGAAUGCGAAUCUAUUAAAAUUAUCAAGUGGUUGAUGAGUCAAUGUAAAAAUGUGAAAAACUUUUCAAUCGUUUGGAAAUAUUCAAACAAAAGUGAUAAACAGCUUCGACAAAAUUUGGUGGAUAAUAUUUAUAACAUUAUAUCUAGAGAUGAACCUGCUAAUUUACAUAAAAAUUUUAUCCAGCUUCCUGAUGACAUUAGAGAAAUAGUAUCCGACCUAUUUCGGCAAAAAAUACUUGAUGUAUUAAUCAGUAGUCGUAGUGCCAUUUGGGAUGAGCCAAAAUCCAAAUCGAUUUAUAAUCUUUUAAAUUCUGCUCGACUAAAUUGGACAAAAGAUGAAUACAUCGUUGUUUUGGAAACGGUGUCAACACUAAAAGAUGAUCAGCUAUUAGGUCUAUUUCCAUCAUUGCUUAAAAAUUGGAUUAAAAUGUCUAAUGAAAUUGAUUAUAAAGUAACAACAAUGUGCGUUCUCUGGUAUAAAAAGCUCAUGGAUAGAAUGUCAACGGCUCAUAAGGGAGAAUACAUAACCGCAGUUUUGGAGAAAUUAUCAAACAUCUGUUCAUUAAUAAAUGAUCAAUCCAAAUUAAAUGAAUUAAUGGAAAUAACGAUCAAUCGUAUUAAACAGUCUACGGAACAAUUAAUUCUUAAAACUGUACCUAAUGUUGAAAAUUUUGGUUCAGAAGCAGUGCAUGUAUUUACAAAAGUUAUUGAAGAAAAAAUAAAUUCAAUGGAUUUAGAUCGCGUUAUACCUUUAUUAAAUAAAAUGCAAGUUAUUUGUGGUUCUACUGACAAAAAUUUGAAAAUUCCAAAUGAUGAAAAAAUUCUAUGUUACAUCAUGUCAUGUUUGCAAAAGAAGAAUUUAAAAAAGUUUUCAAAAAUAUCUUCGCGUGAUUACGCCGAAUUCUGGAUUGUAAUUCUACGUGCAACAGGCAGUACCAGAAAGUUUCAUUCUCAUCAAUUUGUGCAAGAAACUAGAGCUACCAUUCUCGAGUUGGUUGAUAAGAUUAAAAAUAGAUCUAUUAAUAUACAACAUCUUCAGCAUUUGCUUCACCUUGAAGAUGAUUUUCUUCAAGUUUAUCUAAAUUCUGCAAAUUUUAAAAAUGAAGAAACCAUCACCAAGGAUGUCUUGAUUACGGUUCGUCAAAAUUGUAACUUCUAUGAACAAAGGUUGAAAAAACUUGACGAUUUCUAUAAAAGAUUUUGUCCGCUACAAAAAACCAAGGAUGUGCAAAUAUAUCUCGAUGAAUUAAGUGAACGAAGCAAGAAUCUGGAUCAAAUCUCCCUAAAUGAAUCCUUAUCAGAAGCUCAUUGGAACUUCCAUAAAGGAAGUAUAUCAAUAUCAGAGAGUACAUAUGAAUUGAACAAAUCUCAAACAUUUUAUAAUGUUUUUGAAAAACGCUUAAAUGAAGGAUUUGAAGAUGAAUCUGAUGAUGACAAUGACAAUAUGAAUGUUGAAUAUAUAACACAAACGUUAAUGAAUGUUGUUUUUAGGGAAUAUGCUACUAGGUGCAAGCAAUAUAAUAAUUGGGAAAAUCUCAAAUGUUCAGAAGAAAUUCCAUUUUGGAGAGAUGUUUCUAAUUUAGAUGAAGAGAUUAAGUUAAUGGAAAAAUAUAGUAAUAUUCGUAUUAAUAAAAACAAAUCAUUCAUGGUGAUUAUAGGACAUCUAUCAAGAAAUAAGAAUUGGAAAGAACGUACGGAAAAUUUAUCCAAGAUUGUUAAUAUUUUUGCAGCCAAAGGAAACUGGCUUGAAAACUUGUUUAAACACGGAAAUUUGGGUACAUUUAGUAAAACUGUUGAAACUAUAAAUCAAAAAUUUUCAAAAUUCAAUGAUAAUAGUUGGGAUUUUAUCAAAGAAUUAUCACGAUCUGAAGAAUUAAUUGAUUUCUUAAGAGAUAAAACAGUUGAUAAUCUGAAAUAUUUGAUUAAUGGUGUCGAUGAACACUCUGAUACUAGAUUGAUUCAAGAAGGCACAAUUACUUCACUUAUUCAAGUCAAGCAAUUCUUGCAUUCAUUUAUGAAUAACGAAAAUUUAACAAUGGAUACAAUUUUAGGAAAAUUCAAUGAUAUUCACCCUUCAUUAGCAAGUAAAUUAUCAUUAAUUAAUAGUAAUAUCAUGGCUUUAAAAAAUAUGUAUGAUUCCGUCUAUAACAAAGGUGACGUCACAAAAGAAAAGAUUCAAAAAGCUGCAAGUCAUGGUACGUACGAAUUUAAUAAAGAAGAAAAUGAAGAAGAUUGCAUACUUGAACUGUCAUAUCUCUCUAAAUCGGAAGAAACCAUAAAUUUCAAAAUUAAUGAGUUACAGGAUUUACGCAGCAGAGCCCUUUUAAUUUCAAAGCCUGGUGUUUCUAUUGAUGAUAUCGAUGACGUUAGACUCAAAAUGGAAGCAUUUGUAACACAAUUUGACAUCGCUCAAAAUAUAAUUGCAACAAUGAAAAAAUUAACUCAAUUAGGUCAUUUUGGGUAUAGAAAGUAUAAGGAAUCAGCUAAAGGUACAAAUAAUUUGGAGAAAAUAGCAAUCCGAUUGAGAAAUGAAUUGGAAAUCUGGGAAAACAUUGUUAAUCGAGCACAAGAAAAUUGUUAUUAUCUUACUUUCUAUCCAGCAAGACAUAUAUUAGCAUUUCAUGACUACUACACAGAGAAGAGCGAGCAUUGUGAUGAAAUAAAAGGAACUUGUCAAAUACUUGUAUCAUUUGUCAAUCGAAAUGCCAAAUUACCUCAACUGAAAGAUCAAGGAUUUCAUUAUGAAAAGGAUAAAUACGAUCGAGCUUUGGAAGCAAUUAAUCAUAGAUUAGGAUGUAUUUUUGGAACCCUUCAAAAACAUUCGCGACCGGUGAAUAAUUCUGAAGGACGCGUAAUUUCAGAUACGGUGAAAUGUGGAGAAUUAUUUGUCGCAGCUUGUGAUGAUAAUUCGAAAGUUCCAAACAUCAUUAUGUCUCUAAAUGUCAACCAUGGAUAUUAUCCUGAACCUUGGCAACUUUUGAUAUGUAUGUCCUCUACUACUGAAGAAGAACUUUCAAUCUUUAUCAAACGAUGCUUUUUUGCUUCUAAAAACGGCUAUGAAGGUCAUUUAUUCUGCAUUGCGAAUUUGGAAUUAUUAGAGUUUGAAUUACAAUACAAUCUGGUUAAUCAGCUCAGAAUGUUUAUGGAAAUGAUAGAUGAUUAUUAUUUAGCGUUGAUUUGUUGUUUUAAAACUGGCAUGCAUCAUCAUAUUGUGGAUCAGUUUUCUAAAUAUGUUCACGGGACUGGUGGACUUAGCAAUGUUGCAAUGAAAGCCAUUUAUCGUGAAUUAUGUCCAAAGGUUACGUGUAUAACUUCAACACUAUCCGGACAAGGGAAAACGAAAUAUAUUGACCAGGAGAGUUCUAAAAAUGGCAAAAAUUUGGUUCCUUUUCUCAUUAGUGAUGAAGCAAAUUAUAAUUCACUUAUUAGACAACUUAAAAAUUCACAUAUUCAACAAGAAAAUGAAAGUCUUCAUAUAAACAUAAUAUCUGCUGAUAAUCCCGGACAAGUUAAUAUGUUCUUGUUUCAAUUAUUAACUCUGGGAAUUAUUUCAAACAACGCGGAUAUUACGAACCUUCCAGAUACCUAUAUUUUUAUAGAAGUAGCUAGUAACCACUUGCUCGAAUCCCUUCCAUUUCUUAAUUGUUUGAGUAAUUUGCAUUUGGAAUGGAAUAUUAAUGGAUUGACAGUUCCCAAAGACAUAUAUAGUCCAAUUCAAGUAGUUUGUCGUUAUUUGGAUCUUUAUGAUAAGAAUAAUCUAGAUAAAGAUGAUGUUAUAUACCAAUCAGAUGAUAAUAUUGUUCAAGUAUCGCCUCUUGAUCAAGUACCUUGUCAACUGCUUUUAGACAAAUAUUUCUUUAAAAAUGUUGAUCCUAGUAUCUUAUCUUAUCGGUUUUUAGAAAUUUUUGUUAAUGUACUUGCAGACCAAUUGUUAAGGUUAUCGGGAAGUUCUUUUUUCAGGGUCGACAAUUUAAAAUUUAUGACUGAUGAUAUUAAAAUUCGAUCAACAUUAUUUAAUACCUUACUUGACGUUUCAAAAGAUUUUGCUACAAAAUCAACCAAAACAAAAUCUGCACAACUACAAUCAAUCGCUGAAGUAAAUAAAUUAGCUAACAUUGUUCAAUGGAAUGAUUCGAAUCAUCUUUUGGUAUUCUUUAUGUCUCAAUCUCCAGAAUCGAUUAGUGCUUUAUAUCGUAACAAACAGAUAGUUCCACAUAAUGUUUUAAAUCUGCUAAAAAGCCAAUGCUGGAAAUUAUUAGAUUAUCAAACCAUGCCCUCGGAUCGAUUAUUAUCCAUUUUAGAAUGUUUGGCUCGGAACUCUAUGCAUCAUAUCAAUUAUCAACCAUAUGCUUUAUCGGCUGAUAAUUUAUUGAAAAUGGCAUUGAUGUUAUUGAGAACAAGAGCCAAUAUUCCUGUAGUUAUUUGUGGAGAAGCGGGAUGCGGAAAGACAAGUUUAAUUAGUUUCUUAGCCAAAGUUGUGGAAGUAGAAUUUGACGCACUUAAUCUUCAUGCUGGUGUUACAGAAAAAGCUAUAAAGGAUUUCAUGAAUGAAUCCGGUAACAAAGCCGAAACUAAUGAGAUGUGGUUGUUUUUUGAUGAAAUAAACACCUGCAAUCAUAUAGGAUUAUUGGCAGAACUUAUAGCUCAUCGAAGACUUAAUGGUAGGCCGAUACAUCCAAAUAUUCGGCUAUUUGCCGCCUGCAAUCCAUAUCGUAUCCGGAAUAAGAAUAUUAGUACUGUUGGAUUGAAACCAAAAAAGAUUACUUUUGAAAAUCAAAGCAGCAACCUAGUUUAUGCAGUUAAACCUCUUCCAGAUCAAAUUUUAGAUUACGUAUGGGAUUAUGGUACGCUACAACCGAAAGAUGAAAAGAUUUACAUUCAAAUAAUGGUACAAGAGGCGAAAUUAAAUCCUAUAUUUGCGGAAUUAUUAUUUGCAUCACAGGAAUUUAUUCGUAAUGUCGAAGAACCUUACAGUGUUAGCUUGCGUGAUGUUAAAAGAGCUAUUAAAUUGGUCGACUUUUUCAAUAAAAGUCUUCUAAUACGGCGGCAAGUAAAGUAUAAAAAAAAUAACUAUCCCGAUAAUUCACUGGAUAUUUCUACUCGAUCAUAUGUUUUGGCAUUGGGUUUAUGUUAUCAGUCUCGCUUAUAUGAACGGAAAUUAAGGAAGAAAUACCGUGUAAGGAUGUGUUACAUAUUUAAAAAUAUUAGUAAAAAAUGUUUUAGCAAGAUAAUGAAAGAAGAGCAAACGGAUUAUAUGGAAAGAAUGAUUCUUCCACCUAAUACUGCAUUUAACCAAGCGUUAUUAGAGAAUGUAUUAGCAGCAAUUGUUUGUAUAAUGUGUAAAUUACCAUUAUUUAUUGUUGGUGCACCAGGCUCUUCAAAAUCACUAGCAAUAAGACUCGUAAGCCAGAAUCUCAGAGGACGAGAUUCAAAUGACGACUUUUUUAAAACUCUGCCUCACGCAUUUUUUAUUCCUCAUCAAGGCUCAUCAUCGUCUACUUCUGAUGGAAUAGAAAAAGUUUUCAAAAAGGCCGAGGCUUAUCAGAAGACAAGUUCUAAAGAAUUUCCGGUUAUUAGUGUUGUUUUACUUGAUGAAGUUGGAUUGGCUGAAAUUAGUCCCUAUAAUCCAUUGAAAGUUCUUCAUGCUUUGUUAGAACCAAGUUAUCCAGCUGAUAGUCCUACAGUUUCAGUAGUAGGAAUUUCAAACUGGAGACUGGAUAACAGUAAAAAUAGUAGAGCAUUGUUAGUUCAAAGACCAAAUUUUGAUUUGAAGGACCUUAUUGCAAUUGCUUCUUGUUUGCAUAUUCAUCCUGAUUUCAAAUGCAUCCUAAUUCUUGAUGAAAAGAAGCUAGAAAAUGCAGAUUCACCACUUUUGAAUAGAUUUGAAAAGCAAAGUAUGACAAUGAACGAUAUUCUUGAAAAAGAUGACCAGGAAUUAGUAAUUCAACUACGAGAAUGGACAUGGCAGAUGUCAAAUAUGGCAGGGACAGCAGGAACAAAUUUUACUAUAGAGGAUUUGUUUAUCGGAUUUAAUGAGGAAGAAACAUUACAAAGCUUAGUAAUAGACAUUAAGAAAAAAGUACCUGAUGUGGAGAUCCUUGAGAAAUGCAAGGAAAAUUUAGUUGCAAUUGCUACACCAGAUGGAAUGGUUCGAAUCGAAGGAUCUGCUUUGGAUCCUGAAGAAAUUCAACGUUGGAAAAAUGUUUAUUUCCUGAAUCAACAUCAUAAUGAUUUAGAAGAUUAUUUCCAAGAUUUAUUUCAAGGACAAAAACUAGAUGGUCACCUGGUCAUUAUUAACACAUUUUCCAACAUCAAUACGGAUGUUAAAUCCUGUUUAGAACGAAUCACUAAAAAAUAUAAUCAAAAGUUUUCCCAAAAGGUUUUUAGAUCCGUAAUUCUCUUGAAUUCUUCUCCAUUGUUCGAUGCCUCAGACUUAUAUUUCAAGGAUUUUGUUAAUAUGAAAUAUAGCAAUGAAACGGGAGCUAAAAAUAUUUCCGUAUUAUCAUACAUUUUUAAAUGUAAACUAGGCAGAGAGAAUUUCACAAAUCCAAUCCUUUUACAUAUAUUUUGGUGGAAUAAUGCUAGUUUUACUUUGGCUGCUUUUCAACUAAUUCACGAGUGUCCUUCGAUAAUUAAUGAAAUCAUUAUGAAUGCCGAUGAACUGACGUAUACGAAGUAUUUAGAGCAAUAUAUUGUGAAUGAAGUUUCUAGUUUAAUGCUUAAAAAGCUUAGGAAUGGCCAAGAAAUUAUUGAAUUGCAAUUCGAGAUCAGAAAUGUAUUGAAUCAGUGUGAAAAACUUUCCAACUUUGAAACGACAGAAUCUUUUCAAUUGUUGCAAUUUUGUAAUGAACUAUUGUCAAAUGAAUCGAUUCCAUUGGAAAUUAUUAAAGAGAUUAUCGAGGCUAAACGCGAUGAUUGCUUCACCCUUCUUAUUGGUUAUAAUAAUCAAGAAAGGUUUAAUCAAUACCUUGACAAUAUCAAUAAACCAGAAUCGAUAAUUCCUAGAAUUGCUCUUAUGGGAGGUAUCCUUAAUCGACUUAAUGUGAUAAGAGCAGCGAGGGAUUGGAAUCAUGAGGAGAGCCAAGCAGCAGAAUUAUUGAAUGAAAAAAUCGGGAAUAUGAGCUCCUUAUCCAAUAUUUACAAGAGAAUUAUUGAUAAAGUUAUUACAAACCGAUAUUCUAUAUUCCAACUAGAUACGAAUACUAGUAACUCGGAUUUAUUAAUUAAAUCGGUCAUUGGGCACGUUAUAGCAUUGCACUCGUCUAUCGCAUCAAAUGCGUCGCCAUUAGCGUAUUUAUUACAUAAUUUGAAUCUUUGCAAUGGUCUGUUUAUUCUCACUUGUCCCUCAGAUACAGGUUCAAUGUUUCAAGAUGCCAUUGGGAAUUUUACGCGUUAUAAAUGUAAAUGUGGUAAUAUUUAUCUUAUCGGUGAUUGUGGAAAAGCUAUGGCUCGAAGCAUAUGUCCCUACUGUAAAAAUUCUAUUGGCGGUGCAAAUCAUGUCUCCGACCCUGGGAAUGAGAAAUUAGAUGCAAAUCCAAACACAGCUGAAAAAGGGUAUAUUGGGGAAAAAGAAAAUAUGGAUAUCCGUCACGAUAUUCGCGAAUUAGAUCCUACUUCAUAUAGAAUUCUUCAUCUUUUUGUUCAUUCGAUAUUUGGAGCUUGGGCACCUUCUGAUACUGCAACUUCAUUUUUACAAAAGAACAAUAAUAUUCCAAUUAAUAGUAUGGAAUAUUGCAUGGGACAUAUUAGAAAUGAUUGGCGGAUUCUUUUAAACCUUUUGAAUUGUUCUGAAGAAAAUUUGGCCCUUUUCUUACAUGCAAUACUUGACAGAAUGUUUCAAAAUCCAAAAUAUUGCAACAUGAAUCCAUUAAGCUGUUACAUAACAAUUGAAGGACUUAAUUUGUGGCCAGACGAAAUUUCAGAUGAAUUGUUAGAAAAUUUUCCGGAAUCCUUAUUGAUAUGUCAUAUUUAUGCAGCAUAUGCAUAUGUUAUCUCUAAACUCAAGGAACAAUAG